AUGCAGUUUAAAGACAUUGUAUCACUUCUAAUAUGUGUAAAAUUGUACUUUGAAAUAAUAGUUCCAGUUUUUAGUAUACAUGUUAGAACGCCGUUAAUUGCUACAAUAUGGUCGUCUCUUGGAGAUGAUUGGCAGUUAACGCCUUGGUUUCGCAACGAUAACACGAGUUUGUUCACAAGGAAGUCAAUUUUGAACACAAAUAAUCGCAUUGUAUUAAAUAAAAAGUUAAAUUGGUCAAAUACAUUGACAAAAGGAGGCCAUUAUGGGUCUAUUUUAAAUCAUUUAUCGCAUAAACAAAUAAAAGGAUUCAUCAUCAAUAAGAUAAACAUGAAUAUGGAAUUUAGCCAUGACUAUCUGAUUAGGUUAAACAGAUUGCAAGGAAAACAACGCAGAAAGGUAGACCCAUAUGACCUGGAAGGAGGUUGCUGGGACGUAUACAGAUCAUAUAAUCGGAAAGUGUGGCCGAGGCAUGACUAUAAAAACAGUAUGGAUGUUCUAAUUGAAAUGUACAACACAGCGCAAAAAUUAUACCUAAAAUAUGGAAAUUGGACAGUAGUGUUUAAGAAAAUGGGAUUGAAACCUCCGAAAUUGAUAACGAGAAGCGAGAAAGCAUCGUGCGCACGUUCAAUAUUCAGUAUUGACUCGCCUCCAGAUCAUUAUGUGUGUAAAUUAUUUAAUGAACUUGGUAUAACGCCAAAAUACGAUAAAGUUAGUGACUUUUUUAAAAAUUUUAAGAAAAAAAUUGAAUCGACACUGCUGGGAGAUGAAGAAGUGCCAUUUGUAAAAAACGACAAGUACGCAUUUGGAAUUGAGCCUUUGGAUAACCCGACGCCAAUAUCGGAGAAGAGCCUGAGAGGAUACCUGGAAGAAGGCUACGAUCACCUGAAGGAAGUGGUGAGAUGCAACCCGGAGAAGGCGAGGAAGAUGUUGACGGUGCUGCACAGAAUAUAUAAGCCGCUGGACCUGGUGUGCGAUGACAAAAAGGAGGUGUCGGACCACGAGAUAUUGGACGACUACAACAGAAUGGUCACCUCGAAGACGGAGUGUAUGCUGGAGUUCAGUAGGGAGUACCCGGAGUUGAAGUUCCCAAUGAUCGACGACGACUACCUGGACCUGUACAGGCACUGGUACGACAGAAGGUUUAAGACGAGUCUGGAGCUGUCGAGCACAAUGAAGGAAAAUUUCCUGGAAACGUACAGACAGAGCUCGAGAGUGCUGGAAAAGUUGGUGUUUGAUCCGAUACUUGGAGCGGUAGCAGGAGUGGCACUGGGAAAGGCGUCGGAGCUGUUAGCAGAGUACCUGUAUGAAAGGCAGGGGCCGCAAUUUGAAUUUCUGCACAAAAACAAGGACAAAUUGAAGUACAUAGUAGGGUCGAUUCCAUAUUUGUUGUUAACAAACAGAAAAAAUAGAGAAGAUUACUUCAAUGAAGUAAUAAAGUUGUUGUACAAGGAUGUAAGAAUGUUGGAGGAAGGAGACGUGAAGGGUUUAUGGGAGCACAUAUCGAAGUUCAGCAGUAAAUUGAAUAGAAUCAGCAUAAUCGACAUAAUGAUUGGAGAUCUGGCACAGGUGUACGAGAGUGACUUUCUGAAAAGGGUAAUGGAUGUGAGAAGACAGAACCUGGUGGAUCUGGGAAUAGGCUGCAAAGUAAACGAUAAAGAGUUUAGAACAAAUUUGGAAGACGUGGCAACAAUACUGGUGUUUAACUCGAUACUGAAGAUGUACAAAACGCUGCCGAGAGAAAGAACGUAUAACUCAAACAUAUUCACAAUAGAUGAGCUCUACGGAGUGGAGCCUCAGAAAGAAGAGGAGAAGGAGGAGCCAGAUGAUCCGAUGUACGCGUACCCGAUGCUGCCGGAGGAGGAGGGAAAGAAGGAGAAGUGGCCGAAGGCGAAGUAUACGCUGACGAGCUUGCACGAAAGAAACGGAGAGUACGACAGCAGAGGUAAGCUGGGAGAGUACGUGAGCAUGGUGAACAGCCUGAAGUACAUCUGCUCGAUAUGCCUGCCGCUCUCGAAGACGAGUGUGUACAGACUGCUGUACACAGCAGCGAAGUACCUGGGGAACAUGGACUGCCUCCCAGCGUCGCCGGAAGGAGAAGUGGUGGGACACACGAUAUCAGGAGAAGACUUCGUGGACGGAACCCUGGUGAAGGACGACGACUACUCCUUCUUCUACAGGAAGAAGGACGAGGAGGCAGGGCUGCCGCCGGAGAACGCGGAGAGGGCGAAGCACAACGCAAUGGUAUUCGCGUGUGUGGCGCUGCACGUCUUCUCGAACAUGGAGGACUUCGUGAGCUGCACGGAGCCGAAGGACUUCGGAGGAGCGUUUGAGAAGAAGGAGGACGAAAGUGAAAAGAUGAGACCAGAUAACGUGAUGCCGCCACUAGAUCCGGACUGGGAAGGAACGUACACAUUGAGGGAGAUAGAGGACUGGGCAGAGUCGCUGAAGGAAAACAACGGAUACAUAAGAAGGGAAAACAUAAAGACGAAGUACGGAUACUUCCAAAGAAACGAGGUCCUGGGAGAUGACCAGGUUAAGUUGAAGAGGAAGCAGACGUAUGAGAAUGAAAAGCUGAGGGACGAGUUACUCGAGCUGUUCGUGAAGAAGGACAGAAUAGAAGAGUUGAUCAAGGGGCUGUCGAUGGUGUUAGGAGUGUCAGAGGAGUUCAUGCUGAGGAACAUGCCGAACCAGUGGCUAAACUUCGUGGCAAACAUGAUAUACAACGACCUGAGAGGGGGAAAGGGAGACCUGACCUGGUAUAAGAAGGGGUUCAACAUGUCGGAAGAGGCGCUGGAGCAAGUGAAGCACAGAGUGAUGAUGGUACACCUGCAGAGCCUAAACGGAAAGUACAAGCUUAGCGGAGUUAAAUACAGCGCAAAGAACAGAGAUGAGUGGUUGAAUGAGGUUUUUACGUCGAUAAAGGAUAUCGGAGACAAGAUGGGAUUGAGCCAGGAAAAAAUACGAGACCAUUACAGAGUGUACACAUUCCGCCCACUGAUAGACGAAUUGAGGCAGCUGGACCUGAAGAAUCUGAACAAGGAGCAGAUGGACCUGAUAAAGAGAAAGUAUAAAUCGUCAGACAUCGUGCUGGUAAAUGCAUUGACAAACGUGAUCAAGGAGAAGGUGGUGCCAAUAAGAGUGGCCUUGAACGAAGCAGUGGUGAGAAGAGACCAGUACCUGGUGGGAUCAAGAACACAGAACCUGGUGGACAUGUACAAAGGAGUGAUGACCUCAAUGGAAGGACUGGUAGACGAAAAGUAUAAGUACAGGUUGGAAAGAGCGUUGACGUUGAACAAUGAGAAGAAGCCGCACCACUAUGAACUUAACGAAAUAGUAGGCACAGAAUACUAUGGUCCACUGAAGAAGCUGUUGUGGCCAGACGGAACGGACAGGUGGGUGAAGAGAGAAAAAUACGACGCAAGAGAAAGGGGCUUGGAUAAGUUGAAGGAAUUGAACGGAGACUGGGAGUUGAUGGACGAGGAAGAUGGAUUGAAUGACCUGGAAAAAAGAGAGCUUGGCCUUAAAAGGGAAGAAAAGAAAAUGCUCAGGCCACUGAAAAUGUACUGCAGAGACACAGUGUCGACGAACUACGAGCAGGCGGAAAGAGAUAGACUGGUGAAGGAAGGAAAAAUACCGAAGGAAAUGAGGUAUAUUCCAAACGAGUUCCACCUGGGAGGAGAGAAAAGAGACCCGGAGUACGACAUGGCGGCGAAGAAGCCAGAGGACAUGUACAAGAAGUACAGGCCGGUGAUGGAAACGAAGGAGAUAUACCAGGCGUGGAUAAUGUACAACUACUGGAAAAGAGGCCCGGAAAACAAGGAGGAGUUCAUAAGGCUGUUCCCGGCAGCAAAGAGGUUGAUUGAAAAUCCAAUAAGAGAUUGGAAGUAUUUGUACAUAAGAAUGGCAAUAAGAAAUGAUGACAUCAAGUGCACGAGAGACUGGUUAAGAGAGCUGUAUCAAAAAGACUAUGAUAAAAUCACGGAAAAGGAAAAGGAGGAAUGUAGAAGGGCGUUGGAGUACUGCUACGAAGAAGAGGUGCUGAGGAGGACGAAAGGACCAAUGGAACAGGUGGAGGACGACCUGGGAAACACUGAGGAUUUCUUCUUUGAUCCGUUUGAAAUAUCGAACAACUGCAGAAUGAGAUACGUGUAUUCACUGGAGAUGCCGGACGAUAAGGGCGUUGAGUACCUGGAGAAGCUUCAAAAGUUGCUGCAAAUUACGCCGAAGCAAGUGGAAGAAGUGCAUUCGAAGUGUUUCCACUUAGGCAGAUGGAGGAUGUUAAUUGGCGUUCAGCAUCUUUUGGAACGUUACUACGCGAAAGUGCUCAACGAAAACCAGACGUUGGACUUGGAAAAGCUGCAAGAAAAGUACUUUAAACCGCAAGCGCAAAGGUUGAAAGUAUCAGAGGUGGCCUAUAAAAACAUAGUGGAUUCAGCAGUGUUUGAAAACGUAGCGGCUAGAUUCAGAGAGGUCUUUGAUAAGACGUGGAUUGGACCGGAAUUAAUAGAAAAUGUGGACGAGAUGUUAGAAAUGUGCCUGAGAUAUAAGAUAAUAUCGGAGAAGGCACCGAGGCAGGACAUAGCAGGAGACUCAAGUAGAAUAAUAGAAGACUACGUCCUCUCGCUGAUAAGGGAGCACAACAGGGUGGACGCCAAGAAGGUGACGUACCUGUGUAACCUCCUGGGAUACCACGGCAAGGCCAGAGAGGAGCUGUUGGAAGACAUCGGAAAGAGGUUCUACUACAAGUAUAUGAUGGAGCACCACCAAGAUAACAUAUACAUGGAGACGUUUGAGCAGUUUGAGCACCUGCACGACUUGUUCGGACUCAACGAACAGGCGUUCAAGAGGAUGAUCUAUGACUACCGCCUGUUUAAGGUUCUGGAACUAUACAACCACGGCUGCGGCUUUGAAGCAUUCGACAAGAUGCUCCCAAUAGUGCUGGAGGAUAAGGUGACAAAGUACCUGCCGCUGAAGAAGACAAUGAAGGAGGACUGGCUGAUAUUCGUGCUGCAGGACUUCAUAAGUAAGAAGAAGGUCGACCUGAGUCACUAUUUGGAAGCAGGCGAAUCGGAAGCCUCAGUGGAGAAUGGAGAGAGGAGGAAGGCGAACCCGCUGGUCGAGUGGUUUCAGCUGAUGCAGGAGAAGCUGGACAUGUCGAACAAGGAGCUCCUCGAGGGACUCUUCUUCCACGUCUACGACGACGCAAACCCGUUCUUCGUGGAGGUCGUGAAGGCGCUCUACUACACGAAGGACAGCGCGAAGAUGGCCCAGUACCGAGGAAUGCUCGCAACGAGGGUGCCCAGAGAGAUGCCGUCGCUGCUGAAGCCGCAGGGGGGAGUGUAUGACAUGAUCGUCGACCUGCUGAAGAUCCUGGCGCUGACCCCGAAGAAGACGACGCCGCAGAUCGCCAGGGAGUACGCAAUGGACGACACGAGGCUCGUGAGGAAGUUCAUAAGCGAGAACGCGCGCUCGGAGCAGGAGAAGGCGCAGAUGCUGAAGCUGGUGGACCUGUAUCUGGAGAGGCAGCUCCCGCAGGGGUAG